AUGAGUUCUAACACAGAAAGGGCAGAAAUUUCCAGAAACGAAGCCAUUACCGAAUGGCAAAAUCAAACUCCCACAUCUGAGAAGGAAUGGGUCUCGCGGGCCCAAAGGGUUGCACAGAUCCUUAACAUUGAUGCGGCAGAAAGAGACGAAAAAGGCGAGUCCCCAUUCAAAGAAAUUGGUCUUUUGAAGGCAGCCGGCUUUGUAAACCUCUUGGGUCCUCAAAAGUAUGGGGGUGGAGGACAGACUUGGGAGUUGGCUUACAAAAUUGUGAUUGAGGUUGCUAAAGCAGACAGUAGUAUUGGCCAUUUACUUGGAAACCACUAUUCGUGGUUCUGGUCGGCAGUAUACUUUGGCACUGAUGCGCAAAGAGAGAAGUGGAUCAAAAUCUUGACUGAAAAUGAUUCUUACAUUGGCGGAGCUGUGAAUCCUAGAAACAGUGAUCUUCUUGCCAAACCUGAUGGUGAUGACAUUGUGUUCAACGGGAAAAAAUAUUUCUGUACCGGAUCGGUGGUUUCAGAUCAUUUGAUCUUAGAAGGAGUUUUACCUAGUGGUGAGCACGUGUUUGCGUAUGUUCCAGGAGACCAUCCAGGAAUCAAGUACUUGCACAACUGGAAUUCUAUCGGCCAAAGAUUGACCGAAUCUGGUGGUGUUGUUGUCGACAAUGUUCGUGUUAAGUGGGAAGAUGCUUUGGGUUUCUCGCCUUCUGGAGAUAAACUUGUGGACGAUGUCUACUCCACCUAUAUUUUGCCAGCAGUUCAACUAGUAUUUGCUGGUGUUCAUAUUGGUGUUGCUAUCGGGGCUCUCGAGACUGCAGCUGGGUAUACUCGUGAUUACACCAGAGCUUGGCCCUACGGAGGUGACAACAAAGAGAAGGCAGUAGACGAAUGGUAUAUCAGAGAGGGCUAUGGGGCCUUGGCUGCCAAAGUUUGGGGAGCGGAGGCUUUAUACCGUGAGGUUGCAAAGUUAUCAUCUGAUGUUCUUCAUUCUGACAGAAAGUCUCUCACUGAAAGAAGAAGAGGUGAGAUUGCCGUUAAAGUGGCUGCAACAAAAAUUCUUGGGGCAGAAACUGCUUUAGAGGUUGGAUCGAAGAUUUUCGAGUUGACUGGCGCCAGAUCGGGGUUGAGAAACUUUGCAUUCGAUAGAUUUUGGAGAAACGUUAGACUUCAUAGUCUCCAUGAUCCUUUGCCUUAUAAAAAACGUGAGGUUGGAUCCUUUUUCUUGUUAGAUGAAAUUCCAACUCCCAGUUGGUAUACUUGAGUAGAAGAAUACACAAUAUGCAACC